GCGGCAGUUGAGAGCCGAGCGGCGAGUCCGGCAGCCGUGUCUGAGCUGUCGCAUCUCGGAGUCCAUCUCAUCGCCGACACCCCGGCCCGAGCUCAUCUUCGCUACUGAAGCUCUCGCGCGCCCGACAGCUCGGCCCUCGCCCGUGACCACCAUCAUGUGCGGUAUAUUUGCUUAUUUAAAUUACCAUGUUCCUCGAACAAGACGAGAAAUCUUGGAGACACUAAUCAAAGGCCUUCAGAGACUGGAGUACAGAGGAUAUGAUUCUGCUGGUGUGGGACUUGAUGGAGGCAAUGACAAAGACUGGGAAGCCAACGCCUGCAAAAUCCAGCUCAUUAAGAAGAAAGGAAAAGUUAAGGCUCUGGAUGAAGAAGUUCACAAGCAACAAGAUAUGGACUUGGAUAUAGAAUUUGAUGUGCAUCUUGGAAUAGCUCAUACCCGUUGGGCGACACACGGAGAGCCCAGUCCUGUCAACAGUCAUCCCCAGCGCUCUGAUAAAAAUAAUGAAUUCAUUGUUAUUCAUAAUGGAAUCAUCACCAACUACAAAGACUUGAAAAAGUUUCUGGAAAGCAAAGGCUAUGACUUUGAAUCUGAAACAGACACAGAAACCAUUGCCAAGCUCGUCAAGUACAUGUAUGACAACUGGGAAAGUCAGGACGUCAGUUUUACUACCUUGGUGGAGAGAGUUAUCCAACAAUUGGAAGGCGCCUUUGCUCUUGUCUUUAAAAGUGUCCAUUUCCCCGGGCAAGCAGUUGGCACAAGGCGGGGUAGCCCUCUCUUGAUUGGUGUUCGGAGUGAACAUAAGCUUUCUACAGAUCACAUUCCGAUUCUGUACAGAACAGGCAAAGACAAGAAAGGAGGCUGUGGUCUCGCCCGUGUGGACAGCACGACAUGCCUUUUCCCUGUUGAGGAAAAGGCAGUUGAAUAUUACUUUGCUUCUGAUGCAAGUGCUGUGAUAGAGCACACCAAUCGAGUCAUCUUUCUGGAAGAUGAUGACGUUGCAGCAGUGGUGGAUGGCCGUCUCUCUAUCCACCGAAUUAAACGAACUGCAAGAGACCAUCCUGGCCGGGCAGUACAAACUCUCCAGAUGGAGCUCCAGCAGAUCAUGAAGGGCAACUUCAGUUCAUUUAUGCAGAAGGAAAUUUUUGAGCAGCCAGAAUCCGUUGUGAACACAAUGAGAGGAAGAGUCAAUUUUGAUGACUACACUGUGAAUUUGGGAGGUUUGAAAGAUCACAUUAAGGAGAUCCAGCGGUGUCGGCGGUUGAUUCUUAUUGCUUGUGGCACAAGUUACCACGCUGGUAUGGCAACCCGUCAGGUCCUGGAGGAGCUGACAGAGUUGCCAGUGAUGGUGGAGCUUGCCAGUGACUUCUUGGAUAGAAACACUCCAGUCUUCCGAGAUGACGUUUGCUUUUUCAUUAGUCAAUCAGGUGAGACAGCUGACACCCUGAUGGGUCUUCGUUACUGUAAGGAGAGAGGAGCCUUAACUGUGGGGAUCACAAAUACAGUCGGCAGUUCUAUAUCAAGGGAGACAGACUGCGGGGUUCAUAUUAACGCUGGUCCUGAGAUUGGUGUGGCCAGUACCAAGGCUUACACCAGCCAGUUUGUGUCCCUUGUGAUGUUUGCCCUCAUGAUGUGUGAUGACAGGAUCUCCAUGCAAGAGAGACGCAAAGAGAUCAUGCUUGGACUGAAGCGGCUGCCGGACUUGAUUAAGGAAGUGCUGAGCAUGGAUGAUGAAAUCCAGAAGCUGGCGACCGAGCUUUACCACCAGAAGUCGGUUCUGAUAAUGGGACGAGGCUACCAUUAUGCUACCUGCCUUGAAGGAGCCCUGAAAAUCAAAGAGAUUACGUACAUGCAUUCUGAAGGCAUCCUCGCUGGGGAGCUAAAGCACGGCCCCCUGGCCUUGGUGGACAAGCUCAUGCCCGUCAUCAUGAUCAUCAUGCGAGACCACACUUACACCAAGUGCCAGAACGCUCUUCAGCAAGUGGUUGCACGGCAGGGGCGUCCAGUCGUGAUCUGUGAUAAGGAGGAUAUUGAGACCAUUAAGAACACAAAAAGGACAAUCAAGGUGCCCCACUCAGUGGACUGCUUGCAGGGCAUUCUCAGUGUGAUCCCCCUACAGCUGCUGGCUUUCCACCUGGCCGUGCUGAGAGGCUACGACGUUGAUUUCCCACGGAAUCUUGCCAAAUCUGUAACAGUAGAGUAAAAGACACCUGAAACUUAAGACAGUUAAGCAACACAAAGAUACCUUUUGUAUUUAAAUUUUUGAUUUAAAAUGUUGCCUCCUAAAAGCCUUUUUUAGUAAAUCUUAUUUAUAUAUCAGUUAUAAUUAUCCCACUCAACUAAUGAUUUUUGUGCAAUUGUCUCAUUUUCAAUAAUACAUGGGGGAGUUUGAUUCGUAGAAUUUAAAUCUAAACCUAAAAUCAGAGCGAUCUUAGCUGUACUUUGUUUAAAGACCUGGAUAAUGGAUUUCUGUGUCCUACACGGCAAUCAAGGAGGCUUGUUGGAUGUUUGAGAUGCUUGGUGUUGCUUUAGCAUAACUUGAUUCAGUUGGACUGAGAGAAGACUCAAAGUCAGUGCGUGCCAGUGCCCGGACAGCCACCAAAGGCUUUGCUCCACUAUUUAUACAUAGAAGAUGCUGCAGUUCAUUUUGAAGCUUGUUUCUGUUUUGUUUUUAAAUCAAACUGUACACCAAAAACCUUGGUGAGAUUUUUUAUCUUAGUUUAGUUAGUUACAUUGGUUGGAACAUGUCUGUCAUCUCUGUGGACAGUGCAUUUGGGUCCUCCACACCUACACAGAAGGCCUUGUGGCAUGCCACACAUCUGUCCUAUUAGACACUGACGUGUGACUGGACAUUUGAAGAUAGGACACAGGGAGCCUGCUCCUUAUUUCUUCAUCUCCUAAGAGUGGUUUGCAUUUUCUUGCUACUGUAGAGCUUAGCUGAAAAACACUGUUGAAUGACAUACUUGGUAGCCUUUGAAAUCAACAGAGGUGCUGUCAAGCAUCUUAGAUUGGUAUCAGCAUGCGCAGUUCUCUUUUCAGCUUUGUCCCAAGAAGCGUUUCCUGUGAUUGCGUUUAACUUCUUCCCUGCCUUGUUGCAGAAAACAUCCGUGGGUGCCAGUUUGGAAGUUCUUUCUAGCUGCUUGGGAGAUUUGCACACUUUGCUGCUCAUUUGGCCCUCAGUGCAUGUGGCAGACUUGGCUUGGAACGGCACAUGCUCAACACUGGAGUGCCAUCAGUUUCAGGGUUGCUUUCUCGAUGUUUUCCUUUGGACUGUCUUGGCUCCUGUUCAGGAAUGAAUGCAGUAUAAAUAAGUGAUACUGUCAUGCCUUCAGCUGAUAGUGUCAUAAAUGCAAGUCAGCAAUCUGAAUAAAAUAUUUAAAAUAGAACAUUAGUUUAACACCCCAAAAAUGUGCAGAGUAAUUUCUUCCCAGAGCUGUUUAGGUCAGAUGAUGUGGGCAGUGGGAAGGUGUGUUUCUGCUCCGGUCAGGUCUGUGAGUUUCCAAAGCUUUCCCCUGAGCACCGCGAAAGCACAGUGCUUAGCGCGGUUGGCAGCUCGCACUGUGCGUUUGCACUUGAUGGUAAACAGUGCUUUGAAGCUGGCUUGGAGAGAGAGUUGAUGUCAUUCUAGGCAUUUGGGAAGGCUUCUCUCACACUGAUAGAGACUGGAAACCUGAUUUCUAAAACCAUAAGACAGGGCCACAAUUCAUACUCCAUGUCGCUGCCGUGGUUUUGUUUCUCUGUUGUAUUUAUCCCUAAGACUUCAUGUUAGUGUAACGUGUGCAAUGUUAUUUCUAAUGUCUGAUGUAGUAGCACAGCUGCUCAGGUUUGGGCAUGGCUCUGGUUUGGUUUGUUGCAUUUCCUGUGUUGCUCUGGAACAUAGGGUGGUGUUGGUAUGCUGAGACACUGUGAAAUUAGGAGACGAUCAGCUCAGUGAUCUUAGGCCUGGUGAGCGCAGUGACUAACCCAGAGUCCUGUUGGAGCAGUUUUAAACUCUACAGUUCAGUCUUGCUAACCACCCCCUGUAUAGCAGAAUGUCACAACUUUUUUUGUUUUUUGUCUAUAACUUUGAACCCAUUCACCAGUUUCCCUUCCUACACACUGCAAGCUAGAACAAAUACUAAACCAGUCAGAAGCCCAAAUGAGGACCAGAGUGUGUUGUCUAAACAAAGGUUAUUCUUUUCCAUGUCCCAUUUUGCUUUCUACUUAAAUUCUUUUAUUAAUUCUUAAUACCUAGAUAUUUUAGCAAGGCAAGGCACUAGGUGAGUAGGUCUCGCCAAUUUGGUAUACUACAGGACAUAGAAAUCUAAUUUUUCAAAACAAAAAUACCCAUAAAAGGGAGGCUUUCUAUUAAAAUUCUUUCCCCACCUCCCUUUAGUUUUUCAAGACAGGGUUUCUCUUGAAACCUUGCAGUCCUGGCUGUCUUAGAACUCACUCUAUAGAUUAGGCUGGCCUCGAACUCACAGAGACCUACCUGCCUCUGCCUCCCGAGUGCUGGCAUCAAAGGCGUGCACUGCCAUUGCCUGGCUAAAAUUCUUUCUUUCUAAAAAGUAAUUAUUUUAUUUGUUUACAUUUUAAAUGUCCUCCUUCCUAGUCUCCCCAUCACAAACCUCCCAGCCCAUUUCCCACCCGCCUCCCGUUUGCCUCUAAGAGAGUGCUCACCCGCCCCAACCUCACCCCUCUAGCAUCUCCCUUCUCUGGGGCAUCAAGCCUCCACAGGAUCGAGCACAUCUUAUAGUGUGUUUAAAGUUUAAGUUCGCACAUGCAUCCUUACCUGGGAGUUCUUGCUGGACAGGGAAGACAGCCAGGCACCGAAUACAUGGCCCAGUUGGUGGUAUUACUUUGAAAUCAGCUUUAAAAAAAAAAAAAACAAAAAACCUAGGCCAUAAGAGUAGAAAGGUUAGAAGGUAAACUCUUAGUCUGUGACUGGCUCAGUGACUGUGUCUGAGCCGGCUGCUGUGCUGGGCUCAGAGCUACACCCUCGCAGCAGUUCUGACUGUCCCUGGGGGACCUGGUCCUUGUGAGGCACAGGCGGGAGGGUGGAAAGGCGGAGCUGGGCUGAGGUAUUAAAUGCUGGGAUGGGAUUGCUUAACAUGUUCAUAAGCAGUUGCCUCAGCCUGUCUGUGAAACAGGGAUCUACGGUACUAUAAAGAAUGGCAGUUAAUAAUAUGACAAGCAGUUGUGUGUCCCUGCUCCUCAGGUGCACAGGGUACUGUGUAGAAGGCUUUUAGUUCAGAAAGCUAACUCAGCUUUUCUGUAGCAGGUUGGUUAUGAGGUGACAUGACAGGUAUCCCUUUCAGUCCAGGCCUCUUGCCUCAAGAUGGAGGAAAGGAGCCCGGACUCAUUCCCUUGUAGAGGGAAACUAAUAACCUGUUCAUAACACACCUUUAGCCUUUGGGGUUACUCUUUUAUCUUUUUUUAUAAUUAGGAUAUUCUAGAGCAAUAAAAGCAACUAAGGUUACCUGUUUAUUAUAUACUUUAACUGGUAUGAUUUUUCUAAAAAAAAUAAUAAAGCACAAUGUCAUUGGAAAAUGUUUGUAAAAAAAAAAAAGAAUUCAUAAUUCACAAUUUGGGAAGGCCAAAGACAUGGAAGGGAAAGGUGAAGACAUUUUGGUUUAUGACAUCCACACAUUUAGUGUGAGUUGUAUGCACAGUAAUGCUAGGCAGGGUUUUAACUUUGGAGACAUAUUUCACAUGGCUUUUAUUUAGUUUCACAUUCAAAAGUUUUAACAUAAGUUGGUCAUUCUCAUUGUAUUUAAAGAUUGUUAAUAAGUAUUUCAGUAUCUUUAUAGCUUGAAUUUAUUUAAGCAUAUCCUCAGAUCUGGGAUGAUGACAGACAAUAAAACUGACAGCAUUGGCUUGAAUCGUAAUGUCCAUAGUUUUCAGCAAGACUGCUAAGUUUUGUUGUGUUAACUAAGUCCGUACUCGUUUGAUCGUGAUGUUCUAAAGGCUGGUGAUGGCAUCAUAGAAGACAUCACCUUAGCUUGUUUCUGUGCUAGUUUCCAGAGGGAGUAGAAAUGGUCUUGCUAACUUUUGAAUGUUCUCUGGUUGAAUGUGUUUUUCCAUUAAUAAAGUUUUGAUAUUUGUUUAAAUUAUACUUCUGUGGGCCUGGGGGUUAGAAUAAUCAUUGCUCUGUUUGAUUUUGUAUUCUUUUAAAUGAAUGUUUAGUUUUCUGAGCCAGAUGGUUAUUUCAUCCUUUUGUCCUGUUCAAUCCAGUGACUACACCGGGACUGUGAAUAAAUUACCUAAAACCUU